AUGGAUACUCCUAUUUCACAGAUCGAUCUGCAAAUGGUAGCAACCACAGUAGAUCAGAACAAUCAAAUGCAAGAGAAUUUAAAUCGAGCCAGCUUGGGAGAAAGUUCAGUUUGUUGGUGGAAGGAAGCAAAGCAUCAACUAUUGUUUUCACUGCCCAUGAUUCUUAAGAACCUGUUCUAUAACUUAAUCACUUUGGUUUCUGUAAUGCUUGCUGGCCACCUUGGUAAUCUUCAACUUGCUGGUUCCACUCUUGCUAACUCAUGGUUCAGUGCCACUGGUAUGUCUCUCAUGGUUGGAUUAAGUGGGACACUAGAAACACUAUGUGGGCAAGGAUUUGGUGCAAAGAAAUACCAAAUGCUGGGAAUUUAUCUCCAAUCCUCAUGCAUCAUAUCUCUUGUUUUCUCCAUCAUCAUAUCCAUGAUUUGGUUCUACACACAACACAUCUUAGUACUACUUCACCAAUCCCAAGACAUAGCAAAAACAGCAGCACUUUACUUGAAGUUCUUUUUCCCAGGCUUGUUUGCAUAUGGAUUCUUGCAAAACAUUCUUAGAUUUCUUCAAACACAAUCUGUUGUGACACCAUUGGCUAUUCUCUCAGCUAUCCCAUUGUUGAUUCACAUUGGCAUUGCAUAUGCAUUGGUUGAGAAGACAGGUUUGGGUUUUGUUGGUGCACCUAUUUCGGCUUCUAUUUCACUAUGGAUAGAUAUUGUUUUGUUGGCUUUGUAUGUUAUGUUUGGAAAGAAGUUCAAGUUGACAUGGAAAGGAUUUUCUACUCAAUCUUUUCAUUAUGUAUUGCCAAGUCUCAAACUUGCUCUACCUUCUGCAGCAAUGGUAUGUUUGGAAUAUUGGGCUUUUGAAGUCUUGGUUUUCUUAGCUGGACUAAUGCCUGAUUCAGAAAUAACCACUUCCUUAAUGGCAAUAUGUGCCAACACAGAAUUCAUUGCAUGCAUGAUCACUUAUGGUCUCAGUGCAGCUGCAAGUGCCCGAGUUUCAAAUGAACUAGGAGCAGCGAAUCGCGCUAUGAGUGUGACUCUUACUCUCUCAGUUCUACUUGGUUUGUGCUUUGUUUUGACACUUGUGACUGGUCAUAAUAUAUGGAUUCAAAUGUUUAGUAGCAAUUCUAAAAUAAGAGAGGAGUUCGCUUCAAUAACACCCUUACUUGCGAUAUCCAUAUUACUAGAUGCUGUCCAAGGUGUCUUAUCAGGAAUGAUUAGAGGAUGUGGCAGGCAGCAGUUGGCUGCAUAUGUCAACCUUGCAACUCUUUAUCUCAUUGGUUUACCAAUAUCAUGUCUUCUGGGAUUUAAGACUAAUUUGCAAGUCAAGGGUUUAUGGAUAGGGUUGAUUUGUGGGCUGGUUUGUCAAACUGGAGCACUAUUAUUUUUCACAUGGCAUGCCAAUUGGUCCAACCUCCAUCUCUCUCUAGACACAGAUAGACACAGAGAUCAACCGAUUAUUGUUUAACUCAUUUCCAAAUUACAGCUGAGGCUUUAGCUGAGUAGUCCAUUAUGUCUCUUAAA